AUGGGAAAUGCAGCCUCCUCAUCCACCGCUAGUCCCUUUGACGUUCCCGAUCGCGUCACCGGGAGGGCGGGUUUGGAGGAGUUGCAAGUUUUGAAUCCGGAAAGAAAGUGGAAUUUUGUGGAGAUCAACGUGACGCAGGAGGAGUUGCAGGAAACGCGGCGGGGAAGGAUUUGUCACCUGGUGUAUCCUCUGGAGACGGUGCUGGAUGACAGUAUCGGAUGUGCCGUGUGGUUCGCCGCUAGAGGGAGAGGGUUCAUCACAGAGAGCGGCGAGGGGAGAGCGUUCACGUCCAGAGCCAAGAUCAUUCUGACCGGUAUCGGGGCUGAUGAGCAGUUGGCCGGAUACUCUAGACACAGAGUCAGGUUUAAAACCUCAGGACCUGAGGGACUCUUGCAAGAGCUGUCCAUGGAACUGAGCCGGAUCUCCACCAGGAACCUGGGCCGCGACGACAGAGUGAUCGCAGACCACAGCAAAGAGGCCAGGUUUCCGUACUUGGAUGAAGCUGUGGUGAGCCUCCUGAACUCUCUGCCUGUUUGGACCAAAGCAGAUCUGACUCUUCCUCGAGGAGUUGGAGAAAAACUACUUUUGAGACUCGCAGCGAAACAAAUGGGCUUAACACAGUCGGCCGUUCUGCCCAAGAGAGCCAUGCAGUUCGGUUCCCGGAUCGCCAAGAUGGAGGACACUCGCGAAAAGGCAUCGGACAAGUGCACGAGACUUCUCACUGCUUAA